AUGCAUUACUUUCUGCUUCUGGAAUUCUCAAAAAAUCGGGAUCUGCAGCUUUUGCAUUUUUUCAUAUUCUUUAUGUUAUAUCUGGCAACUGUAACAACAAAUCUUCUCAUCAUCUCUGCAAUAGCUUUCGACCAUCGCCUGCACAGCCCCAUGUACUUCUUUCUCAUGAAUUUAGCUCUGCAGGACAUUGGCAUUGUUUCAGUCAUUGUGCCCAAAUCCAUGAUAAAUUCUCUCAUGGGUAGCAGACACAUCUCUUAUUCUGGUUGUGCUGCUCAAAUCUUUCUCUUUCUCUUCUUUGGAGCUUCUGAUUUCUCUCUCCUAACAGUCAUGGCAUAUGAUCGAUAUGUUGCCAUUUGCCAUCCACUACACUAUGAGAGGGUAAUGAAUUGGAAAGCCUGCAUUGUAAUAAUUCUUCUAGUGUGGGUUACAGGUAUUCUGUAUGGAACGUUGCAUACUACUGGCACUUUUUCCAUCCUUUUUUGUUCUAAUGUGGUCAACCAAUUCUUCUGUGAUAUUCCACAGUUGCUAAAACUAUCCUGCUCUGGCACUUUAUUGGUCCUUAUACAACAACUUGGG